UUAAUUGAACUAGCCUUGGUCAAACAGGAGGAGCCCACGCGGAGCUGCGCGCGCUGCUGCGUUUAAUGGGCUCUCUCUGUGACCGGACUCUCUGAAGGCCAGGAGGUUCUGCUGAACGAUGACCGGCCGAAACUUCAGAGCCGUGCUGAUGCAGGUGCCCGAGCGCGAGCUCAUGGAGGACAUACUGCUGCGCGAAAGCGACGAGCCGUUACUUCCGGUGCACGUGAACAUCGGCAAGUUCAUGCGCACGGGGAGCGGCCGCUACGUGGACACGGAAGACCGAGUGGACGCGGCGAAGAGGAGGCAGAUGGCCAACGCCAAGGAGCGGCUGAGGGUCAAGAGCUUGAACAGCAUGUUCUCCUAUCUGAGGCGGAUAGUGCCGGUGAUGCCGCGUGACCGCAAGCCCAGUAAAGUGGACAUGCUGAGGGCUGCGACUGAGUACAUCCGCCUGCUCUCCUCCGUGCUCAGCGACACGUCAGGAAAAAGUAAUGCAGAAGCAAGUGAGCUGGUUGAGAACAUGAGCAGCUAUUCGCUCUGUGAGGACAGAUGUGGUGACCUCUGCAGUAUGGAUGAGGUGCUGGACUCUGUCUGUGGCCCGUCUCUAUCUGAGGGAGUGCCUUUGACCGCGUCUACGGUCAGUACCGCGGCAGUAGAUGAAGCUGAGCUGGGCGGCAUGUCGGUGCAGUGUGUCGUCCCGGUCUACAUCGUUCAGGUCGGCUCUGAUCACACCUUGGUCUAUCAGGCGAGUUGAUGUGACUGCUGUUCCUGUUGCCACCGCUCUGAGUGAAUCCUUCCCUUGUAUUACAGUAUGAAUUUGAUUCUGAAUGGAGAAGCAAAUAGACGUUUAUUUUUGUAUAUAAGUUUAUUUUGGAUAUAAAUGGUUGGUGAAAUUUUCACACCAGCAGGCUCCGUUUGUUUGUUUGUGUUUAACUAUGUUGUAAAUGCGCCUUAUAUUUUGUUCAGCACUGUCUAAUAAACACCCCCCAGCAUUGCA